AUGCUGGACUGGACGAGUCGCCCGUGCACCUCGCCAUCCUGUUUCCGCUCAUCGCACUAUGCAUUCCCGUCCCCCGCGAAAGUGGUGAUCCACGGCUCAGGUUGCGCCACGUGUCAGCGCGGGCAGCGCUGCUCCUUCCGCGUCUGGGAGCAGCUGCUGGGGAAGGCGGUCAAGGAGAGCUGGUGGAGGCGCGACUUAGCUCUGACUUUAAGAGGCGCUGCGCUAGCUCACGGGGACAUUAGGUGUCUAGACCCUCUGCACUGCACGGAGUUUAGAGUGUCGUACCACGUGUGUGUGGGACUUCAGCAAUUACUGGGCGAUGCUGCACGUGGGUCUUCUACCGGUGCUCGCCCUCCCCCAUCGGAGUGGAUAGGCGUGUUACACGAGAGGGGACUGCCCGCACAGCCAGCAAGCGGUGAAACGUCAGGAAGCAAAUGGCAAGGGGAUGAUGAGUGGUGCAAGGGGAUGGUAUGCUUGUGCUCUCUCGCUCUCCCACCUCCAUCCACUUGUGCUGAGGGGAGGUUUAGUAUGCUUGUGCCCUCUCUCUCCCACCUCCCUCCAGGCACAGGUGGCUCAAAAGCUGUCACUCGCACUCACCAACCCAUCCUACCUACCUUAUGGUGUCUGUUACUCUCUCUCUGCCCUGCUGCUGACAGGUGGAAGGACACGGGCAACCGCAUGCAAGCCAAGGAGCUAAAACCUCUUGUAGGAAUUCUCAUUCUUUUCCUGUGCCUGGCUGCACCUGCUCUCAGGUGGAAGGACACGGGCAAUCGCAUGCGAGCCAAGGAGCCUGGGGGGUGGUGGACGGGGUAUGUGCUGCUGGUGAACGCCCACCGCUGGCUCAACCAAUCCGUUACCAACCGAUUCCAUUGGUGGCACCACCUAACACUCAUUGCGCCGGACAACAUGUCGCGUGCCAGCAAGGGGCUCGUGCUGUUCUUCGUGGGGGCGGGGUUGAACGACCACGGGCGGGGCGACUGGAGCUACCACAUCCCCAAAGACUCCGACGUCUUCAUCCGCGUCGCUGCCCC